AACAGCAGAAUUAAACUUUAUGUUUGUUUGUUUGCAGGUGAAGCACAACGACCUCAUGCAGGAGAUGAACCACCCGACGGCAGGACACAUCACUGUACCCGGGCCGGCGGUUCGUUUCAGCAGCUUCACCCCCGAAGAGCCGACGCCCCCUCCUCUGAUUGGCCAGCACACCGUGCAGGUGCUGCGAGACAACUUGUCCUACAGUGAUGAUGUCAUCAAAGCGCUGCUGCUGUCCGGGGCGGUGGCACAGAACCAAGUGUCCUGAUUGGCUGAGAGAGAGGGUAAAACAAUAACAGUUUUAUGAAAGAGUCAAAAUGAGAUUAAUAUCAACGAGGUGUUUUAUUACACAGACAUUUUAUUAUUCUGCAGACAGCGCGAUGCAAAACAAUAAUGUAUAUUUUUUAUUGUAUUGUUAGUAUUAUGUGCAGUUUACACUCAACUGAAGUUCAGAGUUUAAAUCUUCAUCUGGAUCUUUUGACUCUUUUGACUCGUGAACUGUUUUAAGAUAAUAAAGGAUUUCUGAUUCUGAUACAA